AUGACAAAUUUGCACGAGCAGCCAAAAUGUGUAUUCGUUUUUAUUCAGAAUAUCACUGGUCUUCAGGUCACCAAUCCAACAUUUUCAACGCAGGUUCAAAUGUCUUGGAGGUCCAUCAUUGACAGCAGCCCUUCUGGUAUUUUGAAGUCAGACAGCAACCGUUCGAUUAAUGCCAGGACGUCAGCAUUGGCGACGCGACUAUCACAGUUGGAUUUCGAGAGUGACACGACGUCAUCUACGGCUCGGUUGAACCAAGUGUUAUGGGCUUUCGAGUGGGACAAACAAAAAUGUUUGCCUACAUUGAUGAAAUUUUGGGGUAAAGCUCGAGCGCUACCUCCGUUCGUGUUGCCGAACCAUAACGGAGAAUAUUUUCAGAGGCUACCCAAGUGCAUGGGAAGUGACAUCACACAGUCCAUUAAUGAGGUCUACAUUCAAAAUCUGCCGGGUAUGUCGCAGAUUCGCUAUGAUGUGCUCCCCAACAAACUCCAAAACGAGCUUCCUUCUGGAGUGAAUUUGAUGAUUAUCAGCUGA